AUGGUAAUGGUACAGCUGCUGCUUUUAUUUCUGUGCCAUGCUGUAGGCGAGAAGCAUUCCAUUCAUUGCGCCACAGCCGCUGACCUUUUUCCUAUUCCGCAUGCAUUUUAUAAGCCUGGUGACCUGAUUGUUGGUGAAAUUGUUUCUCAAGUCUUCUACGUAUACAACACUCCCUCAUUCAAAAAGCAGCCUGCACAGUUGUACAUUUCUGAACCCAUAUCGGUGCCAAAGAACUACCAGCACAAUUUGGCCUUGGCUUUUGCUGUAAAAGAGAUCAAUGGGAAUCCCAACAUCUUGCCAAACAUCACUUUGGGCUUCCACAUCCUCAACAGCUACUACAAUGCAGAGAUGACCUCUAAAGCUACUCUGAGCUUGCUUUCUUCACAGCACAAGUUUGUCCCCAAUUUCAAGUGUGACACACAGAGCAAUCUGGUUGCAAUCAUUGGAGGACUGAGUUCAGAGACAUCUGCUCAUAUUGCCAACACAGUUGCAAUUUACAAGAUACCACAGCUUGCUUAUGGAUCAAUCUCUCCAGUGCAGAGCAAUAAAUUGUUACUCAUUUCCAUGUAUCAGAUGGUCCCCAGUGAAGCCACUCAAUAUAUGGGAUUUAUCCAGUUAUUUCGCUACUUCAGAUGGACCUGGAUUCUACUGUUUGUUUUGGAUGAUGACAGUGGGGACAAGUUCUUGCAGAUGAUGGUGCCAAUGCUUUCUGAGAAUGGCAUCUGUUUUGACUUCACUGUAAGACUACCAAAACAGACUUAUUUCCAAGAUGUGAUGGAUGCACUUAUAAGGCCACCGGAAUAUUUAUUUUUUCUCACUCAUACCAAAGCCAAUGUGUGCUUUGUAUAUGGAGAAAACUCAUCCAUGUUCAUUUUGAGAAUUUUGCUGUUUUUAGGACCCUUCAUUUCAUUUCCUUCUCUUCAUAAAGUAUGGAUUAUUACAUGCCACUGGGACUUUGAAUCAGUCUCUGUCCAAAGGGUUUGGGAUAUAGAAACCUUCCACGGUGCCCUAUCCCUUGCAGUUCACUCCCAUCAACCACCUGGAUUCCAAACAUUCCUGCAGUCCAUAAGCCCUUCCUGGGCAAAAGAAGAUGGUUUUAUCCAGUACUUCUGGGAGCAGGCAUUCAGCUGCUCACUGAAAAUGUCCAGGGUCCAAGGGGACAGCAAGGAAAUUUGCACUGGUACCGAAAAGCUGGAUUCCAUUCCAGUGACUUUGUUUGAAAUGAGCAUGACUGGCCACAGCUACAACAUCUACAAUGCUGUGUAUGCAGUGGCACAAGCUUUGCAUGUCUUCUGCGUAUUCACAUCUAGACACAGAAGAAUGGAAGGAGAAAGGGGUCUAAAGUUCCAGAAUGUGCAACCAUGGCAGCUGCAUCAUUUUCUAAGGAGCAUCAUGUUUAACAACAGUGCUGGAGACACUGUGUGUUUUGAUGAAAAUGGAGAACUGAAUGCUGGUUUCGAUGUUACAAACUGGGUAACAUUCCUAAACGGAUCUUUUGUUAGAGUGAAAGUGGGAAGCCUGGAUCCUCGGGCUCCUCCAGGCAAAGAGCUGACUCUUAAUGAUGAUCAGAUUGUGUGGCACAGAACCUUUAACCAGGCAGUGCCCCUUUCCAUCUGCAGUGAAAGUUGUAAUCCUGGCUAUACCAGGAAAAAAAAGGAAGGGGAGAAAUUUUGCUGCUAUGAUUGUGCUCAGUGUCCAGAAGGAACAAUUUCUCAGGAUGAGGGUAAGAUACAAAACAAAUGGAGAUACAUGGAUGCCUGUGUCAAAUGUCCACACGACCAUUAUGCUGACGACAGACAAAAUAAAUGCAAUCUCAAGGUGCUAAGUUUCCUCUCUUACAAUGAACAAUUAGGAAUCACUUUAGCUAUGCUGGCUAUCACCUUAGCUGCAGUUGCAGCUUUGGUGCUUGUAAUUUUCGUAAAGCACCAGGAGACUCCCAUUGUCAAAGCCAACAACCGGAGCAUCACCUACAUUCUCCUCAUCUCCCUCCUUCUCUGCUUCCUCUGCUCCUUGCUCUUCAUUGGGAAACCUUUGCAAGUGACCUGCCUUCUCCGACAAACUACUUUUGGUAUUGUGUUCUCUGUGGCCCUUUCCAGCGUGUUGGCCAAAACCAUCACUGUAGUCUUAGCAUUCAUGGCUACCAAACCAGGAUCCAAGAUGAGGAAAUGGGUGGGGAAAAGGAUGGCAAAUUCUAUUAUUAUUUUCUGCUCCUUUACUCAAGCAGGCAUUUGUACCCUUUGGCUAAGUACUUCCCCUCCAUUCCCUGAUAUGGAUAUGUAUUUACUUUCAGCGAAAAUCAUACUGGAAUGUAAUGAGGGCUCUGCUACCAUGUUUUACUGUGUCCUGGGCUAUAUGGGCUUCCUUGCAAUUCUCAGCUUCGCUGUGGCUUUCUUUGCUAGGAAGUUACCUGACAGCUUCAAUGAAGCCAGAUUUAUAACCUUCAGCAUGUUGGUCUUUUGCAGUGUUUGGUUGUCCUUUAUUCCAACUUACUUGAGCACCAAAGGGAAAUUCAUGGUGGUUGUGGAAAUUUUUUCUAUCUUGGCUUCCAGUGCUGGCUUACUGGGUUGCAUCUUCCCCCCUAAAUGCUAUAUCAUCAUUAUGAGACCUGAUCUGAACAAUAGGGAUCAAUUAAAAAAGAGAAAAAAGUGA